GGAGCCAGAGCGGAGCAGACCGAGGUCGGGCCGGGAGCGGAGCCCGCCGAGCGGCGCCCAGCUCCCGCCAUGGCCCGGAACACUCUGUCUUCACGCUUCCGCAGGGUGGAUAUCGACGAGUUUGACGAGAACAAAUUCGUGGACGAGCAAGAGGAGGCGGCGGCAGCGGCGGGAGAGCCAGGCCCGGACCCGAACGAGGUGGACGGGCUCCUGCGGCAAGGGGACAUGCUCCGGGCCUUCCACGCCGCCUUGCGGAACUCUCCCAUCAACACCAAGAACCAGGCUGUGAAGGAGCGAGCCCAGGGCGUGGUGCUGAAGGUGCUCACCAACUUCAAGAGCAGCGAGAUGGAGCAGGCUGUGCAGUCUCUGGACCGCAACGGGGUGGACCUGCUUAUGAAGUACAUCUAUAAAGGCUUCGAGAAGCCCACAGAGAACAGCAGUGCUGUGCUGCUCCAGUGGCAUGAGAAGGCCUUAGCAGUAGGAGGACUAGGCUCCAUUAUUCGAGUCCUGACAGCAAGAAAGACUGUUUAAAAAUAGACUCAGUACCUUGAGAAGAUUGGCUGCCCAGGCCGGCGAAGCGGGGACUAAGUACAGACCAUCUCCUAAGGAACACCCGACUGCCGGCUGAGGACACAUAGCCGCCGAGAUGUCUUUCGUUUUUGAGGUGGAGGGAGAAGUUGUGUUGCCCACAUUCUUUGCAGGAUCUGAUCGCCUAUGCCUUUGUCUACAGUGACGCAGAACGGACAUCGCGGCGUGCAGAGUGGCUGGCAGCACUGGGCAGGCGGCCCUGUGGGCACAGCCUGUUGGGAUGGGGGAGGGGUGGCUUGGGCAGGUGCAGGUCUGUGUGGGCCAUGGGAGGAGGGAGAGCUUGUGCGGUCAAGUGGAGAAGCCCCGAGGGUCUGUAUGGCCACCCGUCCUGUGGCCCUGUGGCCCAGAGGCCCUCGGGUUCCUUGUAAAGUGCCUGCUGCAUCAAUAAAGCUCUUGGCUUCUUAGUAAAAAAAAAAAAAAAAAAAAAAAAAAAAA